AUGUCAACAAGACCAUCGAUAAUCAGGAAUAACCAGAAUGAGAUUGGCAACGAGAUGGAGGAUGAGAACGAGAACGAGAACGAGAACGAAAACGGGAAUGACGAGGGAAAGCCAUUCAUUUUCGACCAAAACACACACUACCAUCCAAACUAUCCCAUCUCUACCGUCAUGAACCAGGUCUCGUCUCAAAAUAUCACCGUGGCUGCUUUCAAUGCGAUUCGUUCAUCAAUUCCCAUCAAUCUCAAGCCACCCCCACUAUCUUCAUUCGUCAAACUUCCCUAUGGUAAACAACACUCCGUACUUGCCCCAUCCAAUAAACGAUCAGCCCCCUCACCAAUCAAACUCUCUCGAUCCCCAACUAUCCCACUCUCCGACUUUGAUUCAUACCUCGAACAGGUUCAGGUUCACUACGAUCGCUGGCAACAAAACCUCGCCACUAACUCGAAAGCUAUCAAGUCUCUUCACCCAAAUCAUUCUACCGAUCUUCUCGUCAACCCAACCAAUCAAUCCGAUCAUUCAUCUGCCCAAGCACUUCAUCCAAGCCCUUCUCUCCCUUCACUCUCUUCAGUUCCACAUGUAUUCUUCGAUCAGAAGUUCUCUCUCAACGAUCCUCUUACGUUCGAUCUGUUAACCCAGCAACCAUCUCAAUCAAGCCCAAUCACCAGUCCCACCAAAUCAGACCUUCUUGACUCGACUCAUCCCAAACCUAGUACCUCAUCAACCUCCUCUAACACUGAUUUGACUACCGACCACAUCCUGCUCGACAAAUUGUCUCACUAUCUUGAUCUUGUUGAACUUCAUCUAGUCCAAGAAAUCAGUCUGCGUAGUUCCGACUUUUUCUCCGCUCUCGGUAACCUCCAAGCACUGCACGCCCAGACUUCAUCCUCCGUCGCCCAGAUCGAGGCACUCAAAAAUCAACUCGAUCAACUCAAACAGACCGUGUCCGAUAAAGCAUUGAAAAUCAUCAGAUAUGGUAUUCGGCGUAGGAAUAUCACCAGUAUUGAACUUGCCCUAACCAAACUCAACGAUGUCUGGCAAACCGUACAUGGAAUAGAGGAACUGAUUCAGAGUGGUGAAUGGCAAUCAGCGCUCGGUCUAAUCCAAGAUUUAGAACAACUUUGGCAUUCAUCCACCGUACUUUCCUCAGCAUCUUCUCACCAAUCGACCGAUUCCAACCAGUCUUCCGUCCCCCCACCCGCUCCCCCAAUCAAGCUACGGCUAAGCAAACUCAAAGCCCUCGCAGCCCUCCCCAAACGCCUGUCGGUCUUUCGUAGUACCAUCUCAAAGGCCUUGGUGGCUGAAUUGAGCUCGAUUCUCUCGCAUGACCUCAAAAUUAAUCUUGCAGAAUUCGCUAGUAGUCAUUCACUAGACCAACCUCAAUCAUUCGAUCUCAAAUCUCCUAUGUCUAGCCCUUUGUCAUCUUCACAUCCAAACGGAUCACAAACUCGUGAUCGUUUGAAAAGUCUGACCCAAGUGAGACUAAAAGAAAGGGUCCGCUCUACGUUCGAUGGACUAGUAAGGGCAGGUGGAAUGGACAAAGCUUUAGGUGCUUGGAAAGAAAGCGUGAUCAAACAGAUCAGAGAAAUUGUCAAGAAUGCUCUGUCCGAUGUGAUUGAAGGCGAUCUGGAUGAUAAGGACGAUUCAUCCGAUAUUUCACAGUUCAACUCGAAAGACAAACGGAAUGCACUGUCCGACAAGACAAUCAGUUUGGCCCGGAACCUUAAGGCUCUCAAACACGAAGAUUUCUUGAAGAUUGCUGAAAAAACAUAUCGUGAUUUGUUAGGGUGCAUCGAACUGGUUGACACUCAAUCACAAGCAUUACUCGAACUAACAGAAGAGUUCAAAACUCAAACUAGUCCAGUAACUUCAGAUCUUCCGGUAGAUCCACCUGCGGACUCAAACCCAGCAAUCAAUCCUUCAGGUCUGGAGCCUAUUGCUACUGAUGCCGAUCAAUCAAGCACGGUAUCGGCGAUCGAUGUGGAGGCAUUCAGUCUAAAGCUCAAUGAAGUUGUUCAAUCUUCGGCCGAGUUGGCGAAUGCCCGGUUUGCAAAAGUGAUUGGCGUCAGAACGGAAGUACACGCCCAACUGAGUUUUACCGAUUUCUUUGCGAUAUUUGAUGCUAGUUGGCGUUUCGUAGUUCAGUGCGAGGUGAUCAGUCGACGGAUGAUCAUAGCCCUCAGAGGAGUCAUGGUCAAUCAAGCCAAAGCCUUCUUGCAGAGCUUCCAUCAGAAUAAGAUCACCGAAAGUGCUAAGAUUGUCGAGCAGGAGCAAUGGACGCCGGUUGAGGUACCCAACCAAGUUCAACAGAUUGUCAACUCGAUCAUCAGAAGUGCUAUGGAGGACCCAAAAUCACUUGUUAUUAAUCGAAAUCUGUCAAACCUGCCCGCUGAAGAUGAAAUCGCUGAACCUAAUUCAUCGACUAAGUUACUUGAGAUCGAAGGUACUUUCUAUCAUCCCGUUAGUGCCAGCCUACAGACUAUGAAGACUCUUGCAGAUUACUUGCAGGUAGUCGUAAAUUGUUCACUCUUGACAACAGACUUAAUGGGAAAGAUUAUCGAGUUCUUGAAGGCGUUUAAUUCUAGAACUUGUCAAGUUGUGCUCGGUGCCGGCGCUAUUCGUUCGGCUGGUCUCAAGAACAUCACUGCUAAACAUCUUGCUCUUGCAUCCCAGGCGCUCUCGACGAUGAUCAGUCUGAUACCAUAUAUCCGAGAAUGUCUACGACGUCAUCUGAAUAUGAAACAGGCCGUGAUGCUCGUAGACUUCGAUAAACUGAAGAGGGAUUACCAAGAGCAUCAAAAUGAGGUUCAUGCCAAGUUGAUAUCCAUCAUGGCUGACCGACUUGGGGUGCAUAAACAAACUUUGGAAGCAAUGGAUUGGGAAAAUAUUGAAACUACUUCAUCUGAUCAAGUUCUUGGUCCCAAUGCAUACUUGGAAAGCUUACUGAAAGAAGUUGGUACUCUUCAUCGGGUGCUUGGUCGGUAUCUAUCAGCAUCUACUCUACAGCACAUCUUAUCACAAGUAUUCAUGUCUAUUCAUGGGGCCCUUCAUGAAGAAUUCAGCAAAGUCGAACUGAAAUCUACUCAGGCAAAGGAAAGAUUGUUACGAGAUGCACAAUAUUUUUCGACCAAGUUAGUCGAGUUGAAGGCAUCUGAAGAUUGUCAAGCUAGUGGGAAGUCACUCGAAGAAUUAGUUCAAACUAGAUUUUUCCCUAAAGCAGGAGUACCGAGCAUCAAUGGUAAUGAUCUCAAGGGUCCAGAUGCGGCACAGUAUCCAUUACCACCUUCUCCUCUAGCCGAGCGGAGCUCAAACUUUAGGGCGAAGUUCAGGUUCUUGUCGCCUCGUGGGAGAGCAGUUGAUUUGUCGGCCUCCUUACUGGCCGAGGUUACCAAUGCAGCUACAUCGCCUACAUCUGGGGAAGCAACGAGGAUAGUGUCUCCGGUGGGUUCUGUCCUCGAGGCUGAGAUCGACAUUGACGGAAGCAAGCCCUCGGACGGCUCCGCUAUAGCCCAUCGGGAUACAUCCCAGGAAAGGUCGGAGGCGGUUAAAGAUGGAUCGGGAGAGCCGGAUCCAAGUGCUCAGGAGCUGCCGGCACUUCAAACCAAUCCAUCUUCGGCACCCCGGACUCCGGAGCCCAAAGACGAAGUCCCAGCCGUUGCUGAGCCAUCAUCUCAUGAGGCCUCCGUUCCCUCACCGUCGACUUCGGCGGCUUCUCGUCCGCUCAAACUCUCCCUCAGUCAACGUCUUGCUGCCUUGGCUUCCAGUCGUCGUGGUAGCCAGCCCUCCAUUGUGACUUCUCCUCUACAAUCUGGGCUAUCCACCACUCCUGAACCUUUGGCUUCUGAAGAUACUCACAAAAAUAACGAGACGGCUGAUUCAUCAGCCUCCUUACUGGCUGGGAUGACCAACGCAGCCAUAUCACCUACAAUCGGGGAAGCAGCGAGGACAGUGUCUCCAGGGGGCUCUGUCGUCGAGGCUGAGACCAACAUUGACGGAAGUAAGCCAUUCGACAGCUCCCCUAUUACUCAUCAGGAUACAACCCAGGAAACGUCGGAGGGGGCAAAAGAGGCAUCGGAACAGCCCGUACCUUCGGAUCCGAGUGCUCAGGAGCUGCCGGUGCUUGAAACCAACCCAUCUUCGGCACCCCGGACACCGGAAGCUAAAGACGAAGCCCCAGCUGGUGCUGAGCCAUCCCCCCAUGAUCCAUCUGUCCCUGUACCGCCAACUGCAGUUGCUCCUCGCCCGCCCAAACCUUCCCUCAGUCAACGUCUUGCUGCCUUGGCUUCCAGUCGUCGUGGAAGCCAACCUUCCAUCGUCACUUCUGCUCCCCAAACUGAUCUGUCUUCUACUCCUGAAGCUUUAACUUCUGAACCGACUUCCAAAAACAUCGAGACCAUCGAGAAAAACAAUGAGACAAUCGAAGAAGAUAGUGAGGCAAUCGGAAAAAACAAUGAGACAAUCGACAAAAACGAUGAGACAAUCGAAAAAAACGAUGAGACAAUCGACAAAAACAAUGAGACAAUCGACAAGAACGAUGAGACAAUCAAACUUUUAAAAGAAAAAGAAAAAGAAGCUCGAAAUGCUGAAGCUAAUCCUGGUCUUUUAGAUCCUGUUAAUUCGAAAGGAGAAGAUGAAGAUGAAGGAGAUGAUGGUAUAGAAACCGAAGAAGUAAAUUUGAUCGACAACUCUUUGAUUUCAGUACAUGAAGAAUCCAAGAUCGAAGCCAACUCUUCGUCCGAUUUCCCCACCGACUCCCAUGAAAACCCUUCCGCAACCUCGGAUCCUUCUGGACUCAUUCCUACUGCUCCUCCUCCUCCUCCUCCUCCCCCUGCUCCACUGCUUCCUCCGGCACCUAGAAUACCACUCAAUCAACGGCUGGCUGCUCUUGCUUCUAGCCGUAGAAAUCCCCCUCCUCCUCCUUCUGAGUCGUUAUCUUGAUUCUCUCUCUCUCUUUAUCCCUCUCUGUUCUUUAAUGUUUUUAUAUCAGGCUUUUUUUUCUUCUCAUCUCUUCCUGUCAAGGUUCCCUCUCAACAUAUAUUGUUAGACCCCCCCCCCCCUC